AUGGCCGCGCAGUGUCCCGCCUACAUCUCCGCACGCUCCGCGGAGGUCAUCCUCUCCGACGUCCGCCCCAUCAAGCUCAAGCCCGAGGCCCUCCACUCCAUCAAUGUCCUCCUCGACGAAGUCCUUUACACCAUCCUCACUGUCUCCCGCUCACUCGCUACCGACCGCCUCAAAGCCGCCCUCGUGCGGACACUUCCCACUAGCCUCGGAAAGGAGGCUCUUCUCGAGGCUGAAGUCGAACUCAAGGCGUACUGGGAUCGCACAGGCUCCGGGCGCCCCUCACUAUCCUCGCGCGGCGGUGACAGCGGCGCGUACGACCUUCAGUGGUCCUACGAGCUCCUGCGCCUCAAAUGCGAGGCGUACUCAACCAUGAAUGACACCGACGAGGAUGCCGACGCGGAGAAGCGGUUACAACAGCGGAUGGAGGCCACGGGCUCGGCGACACCCCCAUCACCUACGCUGCUGGCACCUGCCGCGCUAUAUCUCACUGCGAUUCUCGAAGCGAUCUGCGAGCACGUCCUGUCGAACGUAAGCCGCGUCGCCUCACGAGACAGCAGCCGGACAUUGGCGACGGUUCAGGAUCUGUUCAUUGCGCUGGGGGAGGAUGACACGAUCUACAGCAUGUUCAAGGCCAUGAAAGUGUAUGAGCACAUUGAGGCACUGUCAAAGGCACAUCGGCCGAGGCGGAGCAAGUCGUUUUCGCGCAGCAUAGACAGGACUGGGUCGGCGCGCAACUCGGCCUCGUCGCCAUUCGGGGGCGAGUCGGCGCGCGGAGGGCGUCUGUCAACGGACUCGACCAAGUCCAUAACGGUGGUGGGCUCGGGCGAGUCGCGGACAUCGGUGGACAAAGGUCGGGGCGGCAAGAUUUUCCACGCGAGGCAAGCGAGCGACAAGGUGGAUGCGGCGCUUGCCGGCGCGGCCGAGACAGGGCCCGGCCGGGAGAGCGGAGAGUUCGAGGACGAAGCGGAGCUUGCGCAGGAGUUCGACGAACUCAUGCGCUCCGGUACCACCAUGAAGGUCUCCCUCACACCCGAUCGCCUCAAGAGCAUGGAGGUCUACAAGCAGGAGCGCUCAGAGCGCGACCGUCAAGGUCGCCGCGCGGGCCAGGCUGAGAAGGGCGUAGACAGUGGCGCCGCCACGGCCAACCCUACUGAGCAUAGGCGGUUUCCGAACGGCAGGCCUGCCCUGCGCCACGUGGACUCGAUAAUUGAGGAUGAAGAAGAAGGCUCGACGGCGCCCCCUCUGCAAUCCAACGCCGCGAUGCGCACACGCAACAUGAGCUUGACUACGGCCAGCCCCUCUGCGACCAACCCUCCCACCCGCGCCAGCGAUCCGCGGCUCCGGUCGGUCUCUAUCUCCAACGUCCCACAUCCCCGGCACGAGGACGGGAUCUCCCGCAAGUCUUCGAACUCAAAGAGGCCAUCUGGACGUCGCCUAGAGACGCAAAACACCGCUCCUGCUCCUGCCGCGAUGGACGGCCCCAACAGCACGCCCAAGCGGACGAGGAAGGUCCAACGCGCUAGGGAGUCGAUGGACCUGGACGACAUCAUGGCGGGCUCUGAUGGCGAGGGGGACGUGGGUGAGUCGAAGCCCUCUCGUGGUCCCACCACCUCCUCUUCCCCCAUUUCGCCGCGCAAGCCCUCCGGCGGUCCCCACAUCUCCCGCGCCGCCCAGGACCUCAUCGCAUUCCUCGAUGCGGGUCCGCCAGAGGAGCCGUCGUACAACUCGACCGCCAACGCGAGCGUUAUCUCCUUCGAGUCUUCGAAGGGCCGUUCGGGGAGGUUGCAGCGGAUGAUGUCCAAGCUCACCAUCGGCGGGUCGAAGGAGGGCCUCCACAGCGCAUACGAGGAGGCACCCAAGACGCCGCGCUCGCUCUCGCGCAAGCCAUCCAAGGCCAAUAUGGCAACCUCUCCCCCGCCUUCGUACAAGCUAAACUCGAAGCGCUCGAUCCCCAACGUUGCCGGCAGCGCUACGAUGUACCCCAACGUCAUCAUCGCGACCCCGCCGCCUCGGCCACCCUCGCAUUCCGUCUCGUCGUCGUCGUCGGGCCUGCCACCACCCCUCUCCGUCUCGAACUCGCAGACAUCGUCGGCAGUGUCGACCGAUGAAGGCUCGACGUUGUCACAGUCGUCGAGUCUAACCCGGCGCGGGACUCGCAAGGCCGUGCCUACGUUCUCGGAAGAUGGUGUGGUCUCGCCCAGCGGGUCUGAUUCAGGAGAAGGGAGCAGGCACAUGGCGAACGGGCGCCGCGCAGCGCGUAUCAUCGACGAUAGCCCCUCGGUUGCGCCAGAGGCGACAUCGCCUGUCCCUGCCUCGCGCCGUCCUGCGCCGCUCAACGGCUUCCCGGUCAAGGUCGACACCUCGGAUGUGGUCCGCACGCAAGCGGCUUGCGCGACGUCGCCCUCGUCCGCGGUCGACCGCAAGUCGAUCCACGGCCACUCGAAGGCGGAGAGCGGGUACGCCUCGCGCUCGACGUCGCGCUCCCCAGUCACCCCCUCGGAGAAGCUCCCACCUCCGCCGCCGCUGCCGCCAACGCUGACCGUGACGGACGCGGAGGACAUGCGCGCGCUUCUCGCGCGCGCGACGACGGCGGACGAGUGCCGGCUGGUCGUCGACCUCUUCCUCGCGCGGAAUGGCUUCCCGUUCCGGGAGCUCCCGUCGACGGCGCCGGUGGAGGCGACGAUCGCACAAACUGAGGACGCCCUCGUUCUCGCCGCGCGCGACGCGGACGACAUCGAGCGCGGGUUAGUCGCACUGUUCCUGGGCGGCGGCGGGCACGUUGACAAGAGCGAUGCUCCCUCUUCUCCGCAGGAGCCUCAGCCCGCCGUCUCCUCCGCCGUCGCCCCCAUCGUCGCUUCCACCGUCACCCCCGCCGGAGGAGCAUCAGCAGCAGCAGCCGCCGCCGCCGGAGAAGCUUCAAGCGAAGCCGAGCCCGCGGCAGACGACGACCUCGCCAAUACCGUCGCCGUCCCCGUACACCUCAGAGCGGGGCUCGCGCUGCCCACUCCCCCCGCUGAAUCCGAGCGGGAACCUCAGCAAGUUCGAGUCGGUGCCGUCUCCGCGCGCUCACAUUGA